AUGGCAACUCCCGGGUCAGCUCAACUUCAAGCUGGGGUUAUAUCAGCUAGCUUAUCGGAGAGUGAGCAGGUGAAGGAAUAUGAGAAGAUUUUGAAAAUUAGCGACGACAUCUUUACUGGUGCUCACCCUAGGUUGAAAGUUCCCCAGCAAUUUGUGCGCAAGACCGCGUCUCGAAAUGCCCCUAAUCCCCCUACCCCAACAAGACAAGCUCAGGUAAAGACUGCUGGCGGUCAGAUUCCUUUCCAGGGUAAUCCAUCUCAGUCCAAGCCAGCAGCUUCAGGAGUCGCAAGUGCGCAGACUCUCAAAAACAAUGCGUCAUCUGGUGUGACCAGCGCGCCUCAGCCUACGCGUAUUGUUCCCAAACCUACGUCGGAGAUUGAUCCCAUCUUCUUGACCAAAUCCGAUGAUCUAGUUAGAGCGGAAUUGCAGUUGCAACGACAGAGAGUGGAAAGGGCGUUACGAGAGCAGCUGGAACAAAAGAAGCAAGAGUCCCGGCAGCGAGCCGCCAUGCAGGACGCGAAGCCAGACUUUGAUGUCGCGGAAGUUUUGAACAAGGCCUUUGAGCUGGUUCCACCUUCACCAUCAAUCGAUGUUCCUGGGCCCAAUGGCAUGGAAGCCCCCAGUGACUCGUAUGAUGAAUCCUUCGACUCCAGUAGAGCCCCUGACUCUCCGAUUCAGCAGAAGCCAUCUUCGGCGCCUCUUUCUAAUUCAGAGGAAGUUGCUACUGAAGGUCCAGUAGAGAAUUACUCAGAUGAGUUGCAACGGCUUGAAGCCCUCAACAGACCUGCGUCGGAUCAGGAAAUGCAAGAUACUUACCCCGUUGCAGACCGUCCAAGGCAGUCCCAGCAGGCUCAGGUAGAUCCCACGAACAACAACUUGCAGGCCAUUCAACAGCAGGCAGAUGCUUUCGAGGAACCCGAGUAUUCACCUCCAGCUCCAGAUAUCCCGCCGAUGGAAAGCGCAGACCUUCAACAACCGAUCGAGCAGAGACAACCGCAUACGGACAAGCGCAGUGGACAAGACCAGGAGCCUCCUCGUCCCCAUCAAAAUCGUCGCAAAACAGUAUCACCUGGGGAUAACGUGAGGGUUGUGCGCAAUCAUAUCACUUCUCCUGCGGCACCGCAGCCGUCAAGAGUUUCUCCUCUGGCCAUAGCUAAGGUUCCCACCGUCCAUCACCACAAAGUCCCACCAGUAGACUACAGCUCUAACCCGAUGCAGCAUGCGAGACAGGAUCUGCGGGCUGCCAGUCCUGAAAUACCGCCCCAGCAGCUGAUGCCGAGGAAACGUAGGAGACUACAGGAAGACAGAAGCCGACCUGGCCCAGUCUCUUACAGAUCGCAAGCAGGUGGCAGUACCGAGGCAUAUAUCAAGGAAGAGCCUGUCUCACCGCCGCCUUUUGCUGACACGCAACCCGCAAUCCAGCCUCAAGAAAGGCCAAUCUAUAUUGACAUUGCCUCGCCUCGUCCUCCCUAUACGCCAGUGUACGAGAGAAUCGAGCCGGUGCGGGAGCCUGCAUAUGAGCUCGACCCUUAUCAUGAAGCGCACGUUGAAGCCGCAUACCCAAGGACGGUGUCAAGGCUUAGCGUUCGGCGCCCAGUACGCGAUGACCAAGAUCUACGGAGGGUCGCAAGCUUACACCAGGCUCGACAACCUGAGUAUGCUCGGGAGUACAUUGAGAGACCCAGCUCUCGCUCGCUGCGCGCUGCAUCCUACACUGUUGUGGAGCGGCCGCCGCAAGAAAGAGUCCGAUACUAUGACGAACCGCCCCAAACUUACGCCAGACACUACGCCCCGGCGGUUGGGUCGCCGACAUCGCCGCGCUACCAAGAGGCCUGGAUCGAAGGAAGUGCGACAGCGCCUCCACGGCGGAUCUUGAUCGAUGAGCAUGGGAAUCACUAUCGUGAGAGGACGCCACCGCCUAGAAUGCAGGCCAUGCCUCCACCCCCAGGUCGGAUCCCGCGAGGCGAGAUCUACGAUGACGGCGCAGCACCGAUACGUCCGGGUGGUAGCGUUCGAGCAGUCUCCGUUGUUGAGGAUCCAUAUGGCGGCCGGAGAUACGUGCAGGAAAUGCCACCUCCGCCAGCAGCCUAUCGACGGGUGACGGAAUACCCUCGGCCUGCUCCGAGCGAACGGCGCAGUUACGUCACGCCACUGGUUGAUGACAGAGAGCCUUAUCCACGCAGCAGUAGCGUCCAAGUUGCCGGGUAUCCUGCGACUCGUGCGACCUACGUUGAAGAGGCGGAUAUCCCGCGUGAGAGGAUCAUCAGGAUGCCAAGUGUGCGUCCCCCUGCUGCUCGAUACGAGGAGCCUCGGGAGAUGAUCCCGCGGAUGGGAAGCGUCCGCCCAGCCGAACGAGAUGUAAGUGUUUAUGUAGACGAUGACGCUCGACGGCCAAGAGAAUAUAUCGAGCGACCUGUUUAUGUUGCACCACGGCCUCUGGCGAGAGAAGAAAGGUACUAUGAAGGGGAGCCCGAGCGGGUGGUGCUCGAUGGGAGAGAGGCAGUUCAUCGGGUUUCCCAGCGUUAUUGA